AAGUACACCUAAAGCAGGCAAUGCUACAUGGUAGCUGCAACUUGUGUUCAUGACUUUAUACAAUGUUGUUUUUAAGUAACGCCAUAUUUUGUUAUUGUAUUGGAACUAGAGUGAUUAAAUCAAGUGCCACACAGUUUAGAACUUAGUAUUGUUUCUUCAGUCAAAUAUGCGGUCAAAAAUUCAAGUCAAGCUUGUCAAGGAGCAUAUGAAAUAUUUGGAAGAAAAGAUUCAAGUUUUAGAACCUGCUAUUUCAGAAAUCAAAAAGGCCGUAGAUAAAAGUAAGAUUUGGAUAGAAGAUAAAAAUAACAACCCGUCUAUCACCUAUAUCGAGUUAUACCAGGAACUUGAAUCAGCGACCACGGCCAUAAUGGAUGCAGCGUCAUAUAUUAUAAAUGAUGUCGUAAUUGUCGAGGGAGGGACGCCAUCUUUAUUUCAGUCAACACCACACACAACAGGAACAGAAAAACGUGACCAUAAUGAAUCAAACCAAAUACAAUCUGAAGUAUUCAGUCGACUUGAGCAGAUAGAGACAGCCAUAUCUUCUCUACAAGACGUCAGUCGACUUGAGCAGAUAGAGACAGCCAUAUCUUCUCUACAAGACGUCAGUCGACUUGAGCAGAUAGAGACAGCCAUAUCUUCUCUACAAGACGUCAGUCGACUUGAGCAGAUAGAGACAGCCAUAUCUUCUCUACAAGACGUCAGUCGACUUGAGCAGAUAGAGACAGCCAUAUCUUCUCUACAAGACGUCAGUCGACUUGAGCAGAUAGAGACAGCCAUAUCUUCUCUACAAGACGUCAGUCGACUUGAGCAGAUAGAGACAGCCAUAUCUUCUCUACAAGACGUCAGUCGACUAGAGCAGAUAGAGACAGCCAUAUCUUCUCUACAAGACGUCAGUCGACUUGAGCAGAUAGAGACAGCCAUAUCUUCUCUACAAGACGUCAGUCGACUUGAGCAGAUAGAGACAGCCAUAUCUUCUCUACAAGACGUCAGUCGACUUGAGCAGAUAGAGACAGCCAUAUCUUCUCUACAAGACGUCAGUCGACUUGAGCAGAUAGAGACAUCCAUAUCUUCUCUACAAGACGUCAGUCGACUUGAGCAGAUAGAGACAGCCAUAUCUUCUCUACAAGACGUCAGUCGACUUGAGCAGAUAGAGACAGUCAUAUCUUCUCUACAAGACGCCAAUGACAAGUCUACAGAUGACAUAUCCAAAAUAAAACAAUGGAGAGUCAAUUUUGUGACAGAACAGAGUGAUUUGGGGGUACACAUUGAAAAACUCACUAAAAAACAAAAGCAGAAUUUUAAAAACCUCAGAAAGCAAAUGAGUGAACAAGAUAACAACGUAAAGCAGCUGAACAAAGAAAUUGAAAGUUUAAAAGAAAAAGAAACCAAGUCAAACAAAACACUAGAAAAACUGUCUCUAGAUAUGAAAGAAUAUGAAAACAAAUUGGACACAAUAAAUAAAGAGAUGCAAGAUCACACAGAUAAAACACAAUCAAAGCACAAUGUGAUGUACAAACUCCUACAACAACGAUUGAUGCCCAUUGACAAACUGAUUCAAAUCUUUAACCAGAACUUGGAAACUAGGAAAGAAAGAAUAAAUAAGGCUGACAAUAUUGAAAAUACUAAUUCAAAGUUGUCAAAAAAUGUUCAUUUGAUCGAUUCACGUGUAUGUAACAGAUAUGCUUGUCAUGUGGCGCUUGGUGAUCACACACUUGUCAGUAAUGGAUCAACUAUUUCAAGUUUUGGUAAAGUGCGUGAAUUUAACGGUCAACAUUUUGAUCAAACAACAGGAAAAUUUUUAUCACCACAUGAUGGUUUAUAUCUUGUCUGUGUGACUCUACAUGAAUGUCAAAAUAAACUAAUUAAAGUUGGUGUGGUGGCUGGAGGCAGGUGGUGUAGGACUAUAGAAGUGAAAUGUGCCGACACUAGCGCUGCUGGGUCAGUGGUUGUUGACAUGAAGAAAGGUCAAGAACUUUACCUUGAAGUGUAUCACGCAGAUCAAGGCGCAGCUUUAUCCCUCUACAGUAGUUUUACUAUCGUUAGUUUAUAGAAGUACAACACAAAACAUGGUAGAUGGUAAAUUCUCAAAACAAUAAAAUAUGUAACCACCAUGUUAAACACACGCUAACCACUUACUAUGUAUGUAGACUACAUGUCUACACAAACUUAAGUGGUUUAUAUGUUAUUUGUUUAGUCAUCAUUUGGGAGUUCUAGCUUAUUCAAUGUUCUCACCAAUAAUGUGUCAUACUUGACGACACUAAGCUAAUAUCUCUAAUAGACUAUAAUACUGCUUUGUUUAAAUAUCUUUUAAUCAGUAUAUAAGCACUAGGUGUAUGGUCUUAUCAUAAUUUUCAUGUUCAUUGUUAAAAAAAAUACUUAUACCUGGAGCUACAUGAUUAUGAACUAUUAAAAAACGUUUUUAGAAUAAGUUCACAUAACAAACAUUAACAUUUGUAUUGUGUAUUGAAAACAUUAAUUUGUUAUAAAUUUUAAAGAAUUUUUAUAUUAUUAUACUGCAAAGAACUGUUGUCAUUUUGAUCAC